CCGGAGCGGGCUUGCACCCUCCGCCGCGGGGCUCCAUGGAGAAGGCGGCGGCGAGCGAGGGCGGCGGCAGCAACAGCAGCAGCCGCAGCAGCAGCCGCCCCACGUCGGCGGGCUCCUCUCCCUCGUCCUCCUCCGCCGGCCGCGGGCUGCCGGGCCGGGCGGCGGCGGCGGCGGGGAGGCUGGAUGGAGGCGGCGGCAGCCCCGGCUCGGCUGCGGCCAGCCCGGGGGGCGCGCAGGCGCCGGGCGGCGUCGGGAGGCGUCGGGAGCCGGUGCUGGAAGGGACGCUGAGCAAAUACACCAACCUCCUGCAGGGCUGGCAGAGCAGGUACUUUGUGCUGGAUUUUGAGACGGGAAUUCUGCAGUAUUUUGUGAAUGAACAAAGUAAAACCCAGAAGCCUCGAGGAACCUUGUCUUUAGCUGGAGCUAUAAUAUCACCCAGUGAUGAAGUACCGCACAUGUUGGUGGUCUACUCAGCUAAUGGAGAGAUAUUUAAGCUGAGAGCUGCUGAUGCAAAGGAGAAACAAUAUUGGAUCAAUCAGCUUCGAUCCUGUGCCAAACAUCACAAGGAAGGUAAUUCGAAGAGCAUUUCAUCUUCCCGAAGUAGAAGCUCAUCUCUGCUGCCACCUGGGACAGUUAAUUCUCCUAGUGGCCAGAAACAUAUGAAUCAAAGUGGGCCAACUGUUGUUACCAUCACACAUCACAAGUCACCUGCAGCUGCUCGAAGAGCUAAGAGCCAGCGUUCUGGCCAACUCCAUGAAGUUAGAGAGAUGAUGAGCCAAGUUGAGGGACAACAGAAGAAUCUUGUACAAGCCAUUGAAGCUCUCCCAAGUUCUGGCCCCCUUUCUGCCUUGGAUCAGGACUUGCUGCUUUUAAAAGCUACCUCUGCUGCCACCCUGAGCUGCCUUGGAGAAUGCCUGACUCUGUUACAGCAAAGCAUGCAUCAAGUGGGCCAGCACCAUAACAGGACACUGUCCUCAGAUGGUAUCCUGGGAUGGCCUGGUCCCAAGUCACAUUCCUCAGAGCAACUGAAAAAUGGUGCCCUCAGCUCCUUAUCAUCUGCUAGUGCCAACAUCACAUGGGCCAUAGUUCCAUCUGCAGCCCAAGAUGGGCAGACACUACAGCCAGGUACUGAGCGUUCAACAUCUGAGUUGAUCUUAGUUGAAGAUGAAGCGACGGAUACAGAAGAUAAUGAAGAGGAAGAUUUAGGAGUCAUGGAGGAUCAACGUAGUGUAAUUCUCCAUCUCAUCUCUCAGCUCAAACUUGGCAUGGACCUUACCAGGGUAGUGCUUCCAACAUUUAUUUUGGAGAAAAGAUCCCUGCUGGAGAUGUAUGCAAAUUUCAUGGCCCAUCCAGACCUGUUUUUGUCAAUUGCAGCUGGAGCCACUCCUGAGGAAAGAAUUAUCUGCUUUGUGGAGUAUUAUCUAACAGCUUUUCAUGAAGGCCGAAAAGGAGCGGUUGCCAAGAAGCCCUAUAACCCUAUAAUUGGUGAAACGUUUCAUUGCUCAUGGGAUGUGCCUAAAGAUAAAGUGAAACCAUUCAGAACUAACGGUGCCUCUGCGGUUUCUAAGGACCCAGCCAAGGAGUCUGGCCAGGACCAGUCCAUGUGCUACAAGCUGAGGUUUGUGGCUGAACAAGUGUCCCAUCAUCCGCCAGUAUCUUGCUUUUACUGUGAGUGCAAGGAGAAGAAAAUGUGUGUGAACGCUCACGUAUGGACCAAAAGCAAGUUUAUGGGCAUGUCAAUAGGUGUUUCUAUGGUAGGUGAAGGUGUUCUCUACUUGCUGGAGCAUGAAGAAGAAUACGUUUUCACACUGCCCAGUGCCUAUGCUCGGUCGAUACUUACCAUCCCGUGGGUGGAGCUCGGAGGCAAAGUCAACAUCAAUUGUGCCAGGACUGGCUACUCUGCUACAGUCACAUUCCACACCAAGCCCUUCUAUGGAGGGAAAGUCCACAGGGUUACAGCUGAAGUGAAACAUAAUCCCACUAAUACCAUUGUAUGCAAGGCACAGGGAGAAUGGAAUGGCACGCUGGAAUUCACUUACAGCAAUGGAGAAACCAAAGUGAUUGACACUAGCAAACUGCCUGUUACCAAGAAGAAGAUUAGACCAAUAGCGAAACAAGGCCCGUUGGAAUCAAGGCACCUCUGGCAGCACGUCACCAAUUCUCUGAAGGAAGGCAACAUCGAUGCAGCAACGGAACACAAACACCACCUUGAAGAGAGACAGCGAGCAGAGGAGAGGCAGCGUGCGGCUCUUACAACCCCAUGGAAGCCAAAAUAUUUUGCCAAAGAGGGAGAUGGUUGGCAAUACUUGAAUCCUCUGUGGAAGAGCCUUUGACAAGAUGCAGGAAUUGUCUUAUAACUUUACCCUAAAGGCAUUAUAAAGAUACAGUAUAUAACUUGUAAAAUGUUGCUGAGUAGGUCUCGUUAUCAGAAGAUACAAAUGAGAAGCUAUAUACUGUGAACAGUGCAUCUCAAAUAACCACAAGCUCAAGGUGAUUCAGGAGCCAUUUGGUGUGUAUGGAUACACAGACACACGCACGUGUACGAUAUACACAGACAUAGACACACAGUAUGCAUGUGUGUUUGUGUGUGUGUUACUUACACUACACAUAAACAAAGUAUAAACACUAAUGGUGAUUUAAAGACCUUAUCCUUUAAACGUUAGGGCACAGAACUCUGGCUGCCAUCAGCUGGGGUUCCCAAGUUGCGUGCUUGCAGGAUCAGGCCCUGUGCUAGUAUUUAAAAACCACUUUUUUAUUAGUACUGGUUAAGGUUUUCUAUUUUUCACUUUUGCCAAAAAUGUUUUGCACUUGAAAUGUGAUGUCACUUAAUGGCAGUCAUUCCGUUCCAACAGUCACGGGGUAACUCACUUUGACGUAUGAAUGAUGCAUUGACAGCGCUCUUUGGGAUGCUGAUUUAAGAGCAUGUUUCUGUCACUUGCAGUGUGAAUUUUCUGCUCUUACAAGAAGUAGCAAUACCUUCUCAAGAACGUUGUUCGCACUAACCCGGCGUGUCCUCACUGUUUCGUUUGUUCCUACUUCAGAAGUUUCACAGGUCUCUGGUUGCUCCUAGCCAGCUGCUUUUGGUCUUGCUGUGUGAUGUUCUUUGGCUGUUGUCAUGCCGAUGCGUUUGGUUACAUGUUUUGCUAAAUCCCUCCUGGCAGAUAGAGCUGAGGGCUUCAAACUUAUUUGCCUCAGCUUCCCUGCCCCCCCGCUUUCCCCAGUCUGUGUCUGAGGAGCCCCAGUUCACAGCCCUGCCUUUAAAAUCAAACUGCUGCUGAUGCACUUGUGCAGAAAGGCCAGGCUGUGAAUCUGGUGCGGCUGCUGCAGUGGGUCUGAGCCUCUGAGCUGCCCAUGCCCACUGCUGCUGUGGAGUCAGAGCCCCUCAGUCCUUUGUCAGGCAGAGCUGUACCUUCAUUUUUUCUUGCUUGUGGCCCAGGUGAUCGCUCUGAAUGGUUCCUCAUGGGAGGAGAUAAGAAGCCUUUUCAAAUGAAUGAUUUUCUGAUGUCCAAGUAACGAUUUAGUAAAUUACUACACUGAAACAAGAACUUUAUUAAUGAAAUGAAUGAAAUGGGAUGUAACUUGUUUUGUAAAAUAAAAGAGUAAACAAUCCUGCAGCUUGAUCUUGCUUUGUAAGAUAACCACUGUGACACAAAGAAUGUGGAUUCUAUAUAUUUCUUAAAACUUUCAUUGCUUUUUAGUUUGUGUUUGUUACAGUUGAAGAUGUGUUUUUGAGAGGAGUGACAGCAAACAGCUGUGAGAUGUGCUGACUUAAGCUCAGUGCUGCUCUAACAGCACUCUGCAAAGAAACCCCUCUGUUUCUCACCCCCUGGCAUGGGGCCCUAUCUUGCUGUAGUGCGGAUCAUGUUGUGCCUUUUGUCUGCUUUAUUAACAGGAUGACUUUUGCUUUGCACCUAUUACACUAAUACAUUUAGGUCAAAGUGUUGCUUAUAUCUGUUGUUGUGUGUUGUGCAUUUUAUAAUGCUUUAUUUUUUGCUGGAUAUUAAAAUCUCUUGAGUAACUCACAGCCAUACAGAUGUGUGUGUGCAAGGAGACAUUAGUUCAGUGGACAUAACUCUUGAUCUUUCCAUGCUGAACUUUAGAACUAUGUAGUGAAGCACGGCCUUUCCCUCAUGAAUAUUUGUCUGCUUAGAUAUACUUUCUUUUCUUUUUUUUUGCACGUUAGAAAGAUUCAUGUUAUGAGUGAUUUAAAUACUAUUUUUUAAGAAAAAUGUGGACCGAAUGAGCUUAGUUUUGUAACUGAUUGUUAUUUUUUUUUAAAGAAAUAUCUUAUUUUUAGCUAUAGUCAGUGUUUCUCUGUAACACCACCACAGUGAUGCAGUUGUGGUAAUCACUGAAUACUACCACCAGAAAUUGUCAGGAAGAUGCAUUCCUUACCACCUGCCGACAGUCUGCCUGUCAUGGUUCUACUCUUGUUUCAGGUUAGUCUGAUAGCCAACUAGAGCUAUCAGUGCAGUCUGUAGCAUCAUCACAAAGACCACUCUAAAUGCAGAAUUAAACAAAUGGAACAUUUUCCCCAGAACCUUUGACUGUCACAUGCUCACUGAAAACAGCCAUUGGAAACUUCUUUGUGAGGUGCCAGCUCCUGCUAGGAGAAGAGCAGAGCUUUCAUGGGUUUGAUGGCAUCACUGUCGCAGCUGCAGAGAUGCUGUAGUCAUUCUCCUAGGACAUUUGAGUAACUUCAUGCUUGUAAUUCAUUGAAGGUUUUUUCUGUCUGCAUGGUUGGUUGGUUGUGCAUACUGAGAACGUUCCACUUGUGCUCUGAUAAAUGUCUGUUUUGAUGCUGAGUCCUCAGAUACCAUCACUUUUCCCAAGUAACUUGGGAGAGACAAACAUUAAACAGUCUCUUAUUUAAAGAUCCCAUCAGCAAGAGAUUUCAGAACGACAUUCAGAAGUGUUAUUUUAUUUUUCUGAUGGUUGUAUGUUCAGUACGUUUUGCAGGACUGAAAACGAAGUAUUCCUAAGCCUUAUUCUGUAGGGUGUUCCAGUAGCUGUCCUGGACUUGCAAGUGAUUAUUUUCCAUUUUAAGUAGCCAAUGUAUACACUCGGAAUUGUAAUGUAAUACAUGUACUUCAGAUUUCUGUUGUGCACACCUGUGGAAGGCCUAUGCAACUUUUUUCUUGAAUUAGAAAUGAUCAGAAAGAAAAUUUUUACCUUCAUCAUUUUAAAAGAUGCUCUGGCAGUCUCUUCUUAUUUGCCUUCCUUUCAUGAUUUGUGAAGUUAAAAUUACGAUGCUUGUGAAUAAAAGAUGUUUCAUUUAGUAGUGGGACGCCCUCUCUCUUUCCACUGAAGAAUUAGUUAACGAGGAGCAUUUAUUCCCAGGUCCAGGGCUACCACAAUACUGAGGGCACAUGUGACCCAUUUCUGUGGUUCUGAUAGGAGUGAUUUGUCAGUGGAGCACUGCCUUUUGUUUAUGAACUUAAGUGUUCCCUCUCUUGCUACUGCCAGACACCAUACAGCUGGUGUUUAACUUGGGCAGUGCUACACAGAGAGCACAGGGCUGGGUAGCAGUGGUUUUGGAAUGGCUGGGAAGCCAUUGUUUUGGCAAAGAAAAAGGAAAAAGGUUAAGAUGUUCCCUCAGUUCUGAAAAUCAUUCCAUUUAAAUUUCAUCAUUAACAGAGAUUAUCUUAAAAUACAAUUUUGGAUUACUGCAGCACUGGACACUGGCGUGGUCUGCAUUUCUCACUUGUCGGAUAAUAUGUCUGGUUUGUUUUAAAUAUUCAUCCACAUUGCUGGGAAACACCAUGCCAGAGGACUUUGUUUUAAUGCAAAACAGAGACCAACCCUGGCUGUAAAUGAGACAGGAAAUACCAUUCAGUCAUGUUCCUCACCUCUCAUUGCAUUGCUUCAGGGCCAUGGCAUGUUUUAAGCAUCGUUACUGACAGCUUUAGUCACAGCCAAAUGGGAUUUCAUUUCAGUUUUCACUCAGUGGCAUUGAUAUGUACAGAGGGCUGAGUCAAAGCAUUUAACUGGUGCUUCCAAGAGUAAUCUAUCAAGAUAGGUACUUAAUAAACAGCUUCCCCCUCCUCUUGUGGAGUUGCUUCCACAAUUCAGAAUGUUUCUGCUGGGAUAAACAGCAGUGGUGUCCUCCUUUUCAUAGCAGUGCCCAACUGAUGCUAAACUUGAGCAGCAUCAGCUAUGAGUCCACAGGUGUAGUUCUUCAGCAACUGAAGGGCUAAGCCUGGCUCAAAAAUAUUUUUCCCUUUAGAUUUUUACUCCUUUGUAGCAACUGUGCUUCAAACUCUAUCACCCUUGACUCAGUAGAGCAACAAGAAGAUUGCUGUAAGUGAGGAUGCACCCCAGGAUGGAAGGUAGGUUUGAGAAUGAUGAGAACUGAGCGUGCUGCCCUUUGCUGGUACAAGGGGGGGUUCAGCUCUUGUAAGAGCACCUGCAAUGUGCUGGUUCCUGAGGGACUGAGGAAAGUCACACAGUGCCUGCUGUUAUGUUGGAAAGUCUUUUUUCCUCCUAAUGAUGUCAAAGCAAGUUUUUGUUGUAAUGCAGACUAGUAGUAAAAGCCUUGAAGUCAAAUUAGAUUUAAGAGUGCUCAGGUAAGUAGCAGUUAAACUUGGGCCCAGGCUCGUCGAGAUUCCCAGAGUUAACUGCUUAUCCUUUCAUGUUGCUUUAAAAAUACUAUAAAAUUAGCAGUUAUUUCUGCUCUACUGUAAGAAAAUGCUGACAGCUAAAAUAGAAAACAUUUUUUCACAGAACUGUAAAGAUAUUUGGAGAUGGGAGGGUCACCUCUUAAGCAAGGCUGUAUUACAGCUAAACAGGAGACUGACCAGCAGCACCUGUUCAGCUGACUUUUGCACAUUCUUUCAGAUGCCUGACUGCUUUUUUCUUAUCACUGCUGAGCAGUCAGGCUGUAGAUCUGCUUGGAAUACUACAAGUUAUGCAUCACCCUUCUGCUUGUAUGUAAGUGAUGGCAACGUGUCUCAGGCUUCUCCAGCUGCUGGCAGUAUUCAUUGCAGGGAGUGUUCCCUGAAACUAUCACAGCUGCAUUGGAUUUCCUCACAGUGGAGGUCCUGUGUUUAACUCAACAUCCUUCUAGCUUUAGUAAGUAGCUGCUGUGGAUUCACUGCAGCAACUUCCUGAGGUCAGUAACUUUGCAUU